AUAAAUGUUGAUUUUUAAAGCGUCAUAUUCAACGUAGUUUUUAUAGCAUUCAAAAUGUUACUGAUAUUGACGUUAAUAAAAACCUUUUCAGAUUCUGCUUUUAAAAAUCUACUAAUUAAUAAUAUAUUUCAAUAUUUCCUUACGGAAAUAUUGAGAAGGCUGCUGGGAAAAAGAGGGGAAUGUAUUAGGAGACGGAGGGGUAUGUUUUUUAAAGGGGGGAGGGGUCAGGAAGGAAGAGCGGGGCUUUUGGUGUAUGAAGCUGUGAAAAUUUUCUUGAAUAUUUAAAAUAAACUGUAUCAUCAGUCAUAUCAUAAAUGUCUACUUGUAAAUAUGUAUUUUUUAAAUCUACGUCUGCACGUUAUCCAAUUAAUGGCCUUCCGUUCUCGUUAAAAGCUAUUUUUCCUGAUGCUUAAAAUAGACCAGUAAACCCUAGUUAGCUCUCGUGCCAAAUUUUACCCAACAGUGGCCAUGCGAUAGUAGGUGAACAAGAUCAUUCCAACACGUGUAAUUUAUUUGGUACUAAAAAAGGGGGCAGUGUUUUAGAGCUGCGAUGGUCUUCAAUAAACUUAUGCCUACAGUCUGUCAAUAAUGGCAUCUAUAGACAACUCUAGUAUUCAGUCAAGAGCUUGGAAGCCUGUCGUUUCAACUGUGAACAACCGUUGUCACCAUGGACCUGUUCAUGUUCCGCCCCCCUGUGCUCGUUGGAGAGAGGGUGGUUUGGCUGGGGAGCGGCACCGGACUACCGCAAGGCGGAGUGGUUCGAUGGAUAGGGAAACUUCCGGAAAUGGGACCAGAUUGGACGGUGGGCUUGGAACUGGAUAAUCCACUGCCGUACGGAGGGAUCGACGGGACGUGGGGCAACCGGCACCUCUUCACGUGCGAGCCCAAGCACGGUCUGCUUGUUCCGAUCACGAAAACCAUCCGCGAGUCCGACCUGAACUGGUGGCCGAGCAGCAGUCAAGAAAAUGUUCAUCAUGGGAACUUCAGGAGUGAAGCAGAAGCAAAAGACCAGUCCAAGUCACCCGACGUGCCCAGAAGAAAGUCAUAUCCCAACGCGACGACGCCGUCUCGCCCAGCACGGCGUUCCUCGCCAUGUCAGCCUGUGACCACCCCUCAGCCGGCAAUCCGCAGGAGGAAGCCACAGCAGCUACUUUGCCCCGAAUCGUCCACCCCACCCCUGCCCCCCACAAGGCGCCCAGGAAAGCUCGUUCGCAAAUCAUGCCCGGCCCUCCAGCAAGUGGUGGAAGAACCGGAGUCGUCAGAAAGGAGUGAGGAGGGCGCACAAACCCAGAACUCUCAGAACGCGUGGUUCCCCGUAGACAUUUCCAAGGUGAUUCAGUGCCUGCAGAAAGAAAAUUUAGAAGAACUCAUACGACAGUUAAACGCUUCCGAAAGGGAUGAUGGCUGCAUCGUGCAAAGUCCGAAACAAACUGUUCCAAAGAUAAAUGGUGAGCAUGAUGCAGUUUCGAAAGAACCUAAGUCUCAAUAUGUGAAGUGUUGGACUACUGGGAAAAAUGAACCCUCUUCUGUGACAGGUUCAAAAAACUGCUCACCUCCAAAGGUGUUUGAAGUGCCUGUGAUAGAGCCGACUGUAGUGCCUAAUGGAAGUCAAGAUGACAUAAAUAGUGUAGUUCUUGUGAAUCGACCCAAUACUUUGCUGUCCUGCACUUCGGGUGAAUAUAGUGAUUAUUCAUGGUAUGAUGCUAGGGAUGAUAAAACAUGUGACUUUGUGGACUGUAGUAGCCUUAGUAAUUAUUAUGAACCUGUGGCAGUGAAUGAAAAUGUAGGUGUUGGGAGCUGUUACCAGCAUAAAGGUGAAAAGGUGCAAGAUGAAGACACUAGUGGUACAAAUUCACAAUGUAGUGAUCUGGAAGUUAGUAUGAUGAACCACGUCACAAGCCAAAAAACUAACCAUUUACAGAAUGGAUGUCCUUCGUAUGUAAGUACUGUCGUAGUUACAGAAAGAACAUUUUCAAACCAUGUCGCCAAAGCAGCACAUGUCAAAUCUAACAGUGUAGACCUCAGUAGCCCAACAAACUCAACAGUUAGAAAAGAGAAAACUUCAAGUGGCUUUUUUUCCUUUCUUCGUUGGUUUAAAAGGAACAAGGAUGGGGAUGAUUCAGAUGAUGCAGGUAACACAGACUUCGAAGAAGGUCUUAAUUUUCAGACAGAACCAUCAACACCUGAACUUGUUCGUAGCCACAGCUCUAGUUGCGGGAGUAUAGACACUGUUUUUAGUACAGCUACUGUCAAUAGUUUCGCAUUCAUCACACCAACCUAUUAUCGCCCUUUUGGUAAUGCCAUUCCUCCAGAGAAGAGAAUCACUGUAGGACCUGACACAGAUACAUACAGGCACAGGCUGCAUCAGCGAGAAAAGUUGAGGGAACUAGAUAAAAACAUUACACUUCGUAAGAAAUACAAUUUAUAUAGCAGUGGAACACUUCAGAGAAGCUUACCAAACACACCAGAAACUAGUCCUACAGUAUACAAGCGAAAGCGAGAUUUGUACAGUAGCAGUGAUUGUAAAGAAAAUAUCAAUGGAAAACCCCCGAACCCUUCACCAGUAAGCCAAAAUUGUUCUUUUGGUAGAAAAAAACGUAAAGCUCCAGAACCACCUAUUCUGAAACCCAAAUUGGGCGACAGUCUUCCUAACACAUUGGAAAAUAAAAGCAGAUGUAAUGAGAAAAUAAUGGAAAAUGGUGGUGUAAAUAAUGCUAAGUACUCUUUUCACAGGAGAACUGCCAGCGAAUCUUCGAAAGAUAAGAAAGCUGGUGCAUAUUGCCAUGUUCAAGGAAAGAGGCGAGCACCUCCACCCCCUGUUUCAAAUGAGAAUUUAUCUGUACAAAAUGAUAACACAAUUUCGAGUCUUGGGAAAAAGAAACGACUUGCACCCCUGCCUCCUGUAGUGAAUGGAAGAAGUGAUGCAGAUCACCCUGAAAAGGCAACCGAAAGCAAAGAAAUACAGACUGCAACUAGUGAUGAAAGUAAAAAAUCUUUCACUGGCAAACUGUCACCAGAUGAAAAAGCACGUUUGAUUGCAAACAUCACUAAACUGAAAGCUCAUGCUCAUAGAAAAAGCAUGUCAGUUUCACCUCCUUCCUCUCCAUCCAGGCUGGAUAUGGGUUCCAGGUUACCCCAUGAGAAUUCUGUGUGUAAUGAUUCGUUAAAGCUAGAAAGGGGUGUCUUGAAACCCAACAAAGAACUUCCCAAAAUUGAAACUGGCAACUCUGAAAUGAAAGUAACUCCAGUUUCCCCGAGACCUUGGUAUAAGAGAAACUUCUCCAGCAAGGAAAGUGGGGGCACGAAGAGAGACAUAUUCAAGAGUCUCGAGAAGAAAAAAGAGAAAGAUAAAAUAGAAAACUGGAUGCCAGAAGUUGGUAUCCCCAGAGUCGUGGGAGGAAACAUACCAAGUGAUGGAGGUAGCACAGGUAGUAGUAGGUUCAGCUUUUUUUCCCGAAGUGACGAUAAAAAGAAGGAUAGCGAGAAGAGGAAGUCUCAGAUCUCCAUGUUGGCCAACAUCAGUGAGCUGGAUAGAGAAGCAGCAGAAAUAGUUCAGAAGGAGCAGGCUCGUGAGCAGGCACUGCUCGCUGCAGAGGAUGCAAAGUAUUACGAGGAACCAACAGUAAGUAGAUUUUCCAUCCCUGAUCUAGACAUGCAGCAGCCAGAGUCCAGUAAUGUAGAAAUCCCCAAGCGUAGCUCAGCAAGAGAACUGAUAUCUCUUUUCAACGCCAUUGGUAACGUUACAAAAGUCACUGUUAAUUCUACAUUUUUCUCGAAAGAAGGUUCAAGUUUCUUCUCCAAAGAAAGUUCUGAAAGGAGGUUUUCCUUUGUUGGAGAAAGUAUAAAAACUACUGAGGAAAGUGUUAUGAUUGGUGGGAAAAAUGAAGUUAGAAAAUCUGUCAUCAUUGGUACCACUCAAGCAUUAGGUAAAUGCACAGAAAAAGAGACUAGUGCCAAAAGGACAAUUUUUGACAUACCCGAUGCAGACAAUGGUCCGUCAGGAGUGACCAUUGAAGAACUUGAUGAAGUGCUUGAUAAUGGCUCUAGAACUCGCGCAAUGUAUGAAGCCAAUCGUCUGCGAAGGCACCAUUCCCCCAGCCCAAGCAUUCCAACUAUUAGAGAGCAGUCAGAGUCGACAAGUUCUGCAGCAUCCACAAUCACCACAGACACGGGUAGCAACAGAAAUAGCAUGAAUAUAGGAACGGAUGUUAUGUUGAAUCAUUCUUCUGAUCUUGCACAGGAUGUGAAGAAAUCAACCGUCUGGGCUUGCCCACGCUGCACUUUAGAGAACCCUCGCUGGAAGCUGACCUGUGACGCAUGCGGGAGAUGGCGACCAUCUUUUCCAGACGACAAGGCAGGAAAGCAACAUGCUGAUGAACCUAGUGCACCACCUGUAUCAUCAUUAGAUGGGAAGAAAGCUAUUGACUGGGAACAAGAAAUCAAGAAAUACUUUCCAGGCCAAAAUGGUGCUUCAAAAAGUGGGCCAAAAUCCGUCCCAGAUAUUACUGAAUCCACAGAAAUUAAAUCUUCAGUUACCAAGCAAGAAAAUGAUACUAAGGCACUAACUGUUACUCAGCCACAGCUGGACAGUGUUGAAGAGAAGAAAAGCGGCUUUCCAUCUACGUUUAUUGGAGGAAGACUUCCACAGGAUGAGGCAAAAAAGACUAAAAGUCAACAGACUAAAGUAGAUAAUCAACCAUCUAACAAUGAAUCAAGUGGUGUCACAUUGAAUAAACCUGAUGUGGAUGAAGUGAGAAAAGCACGACUCGCAUUUUUCAAUAAAUCUUGUGAAUAUGGGGAAGAAAAUUCUAAAUCUAGUAGUGGAAAGUUAAGAACAAUUAGGCUACCUUCAGAUGAAAAUGAACAACAAAAACUAAAGGAUAAGUUGAAGGAUUUAAAAAAUUCUCUGCCAAAAAAACCAAAGAGUGUUAAUGACCUUCAUAGUGAAACCAAAGUCAGUGGAAAAAUAAAUAGAGAGAGGGAAAGUGAAACCACAGUUAGUAGAGAAAGAAAUAGAGAGAGGGAAAUUUUCGAUGCCUCUUCCACGAUAGCUGCUGAGGAAGAUGCAAAGCUAGAAGAGCAGAGAAAACUUGGAGCAAUUAAAAAGACUCCUAAACAAAUCACCGAGAGCAAAAAGUCUACAAGAAAAGAUAAUUCAAAAAGAGAAACAAAAAUCCCUCUACAAAAUGGAGUCGGUGAAAAAGCAGAAGCUUUGUUUAUUACAAGAAAAACUGUUUAUGAGGACAUUAAGGUGAAGAAGUCAGAUAAAAAUAAAACUGUAAAAGUUUCUACAUCAGCGCAGACAAGCGGGAAAUCGGGUGGUCCCGCAGAGCUACCAAACGCGGUGGAACCGAAAUCGAGAGCGCCAGAGGCGAAAGGCGCCCUCGUGCCUGUGGCGGUCGAGGAGUAUUCCACCGCGAUCAAGGACGGGGUGCUGUACACCUCGCUGACCAAGGACUCGAAGAAAAUAGGCACGGGCACGUUCGAGCUGAUCCGCUCGCGGGACUUCGCCAGCAUCGAAGCCACCAAGGCGCGCGACGAGCCGGGCGGGCUCCACGUGUAUGCCAACACGGCGGACCAGGCGUCGCCCGUCCGACAGCCGCUUGUCGCUUCUCGGCAGAUGGCGGGGGACGAGGCCAGGGCCCCCGGAGGGAAGGUGGCGGACGACCGGGGGGUCGCGUCCCCGGACUCGGCGCCGUCGCCCUCCAGGGAGGCCCGGAGCGACUCCGUGUCGGAGACGGAGGCGAGCUUCUGCUCCGCGGCCAGCACCAGCAGCGACAGCAGCGAGGUGGAGAGGCUGACCGCGCUGCUGACGCGGCCCAAGGGACUGGCCGACUUCAAAGCGGACCUGGAGGCGACCCCGCCGGCCAAGGACAUGAACACCCUCGCGAUAAACCGCCUGCUGCGGCGGCUGGAGGCGGCCAUCGCCGGAGGGCAGCACCAGCAGGCGGCGGGGCUGGCCCGCGACCUCGCCCGCCUCAAGAUCAGCUGCUCCGUCACCCGCCACCGCCAGCGCGGGCCUGACCCCGGCCCCCCACGAGUCACGGUCGACAUGUACGUGGAGGACAAGCUGUCGCACCAAGGGCCCAUCCCGCUGCAGGUGGCCCCCUGCAUGACGGUGGCCCAGCUCAAGGCGGAGGUGGAGGCGCAGUUCGACAUACCGGCCCGGGUCCAGCGCUGGAUCCUCGGCAAGCUGCUGGCGUCGGACGACGGCAGGACCCUGGCGGACCACGGCGUCGCGUCCAGCGGCUGCCCCGUCUUCCUGUACCUGGUCGUCCCAGACGGGGAGCAGGACAAGCCGGCGGACGCCGGGACGGACGGGCGUCCCGUCGCGGCGGCCGACCACGGGAAGGGCCAGCAGGGGGCGGAGGCCGCAGCGGCGGCGGGAGCGUCGGGGGCGAGGCAGCUGCCCCCGCCGCCCCCUGCCCGGCCCGGGGGCGGCUGGUACUACAACGACGAAGACGAGCGCUACAGCUUCUGCGAGGACUCGGAACCCGAGACCGAGCCGUCUGAAGAGGAGCUCAGAGUGAAAACUGCGGAUCCGAUCCCGGCGAAGCCUCCGGAGAUUCUUCCUGCGGAACGAGCGGCCGCGGACGACGCCGACGAAGAGCAGGAGGAGGAAGAGGAAGAGGAAGAUGAAGAGGAGUACGAGGAAGAGAGCGAGGAAGAAGGCGGGGCGCCGGCGGUGUUGGUGGUUCGCGAGCCCCCUGCAGUGCUGAUUGGCCCGCCGGCGCCCGUGACGACGCCUGCCGGGACUACUGCCGCCCCCUCACCGCGGCAUGCGGGGGCAAGCCGGCUCCCUGGGUCCGACGAGGAAGAUGACGAGAAACUUACCGGCACUCUCAGACUAGGGUGGAAGUGCCCGGCGUGCACGCUGAUGAACGCGCCGACACGGCCGGGCUGCGCGGCGUGCACGGCGGACCGCCCGGCAGACUACGCUGCGCCGGCGGGCUACCGCGCCAGCCGGCGCGAGCUGCAGCGCAUGAGGCAGGAGCAGCGGUCGGACGACCACCUGCAGCAGGCGGAGCACGCCGAGGGGCGGCAGGACGCGGCGGAGAGGCGACAGCACUACCUCGAGCUGGUGGAUCUGGACCGCACGGACCUGGUGCCCAGCACGGACCCCUUCGAGUGCGCCGUGUGCCUGGCGCCGUGCGAGCCGGGGGAAGGCGUCGUGUUGCGCGACUGCCUGCACACGUUCUGCAGGGGCUGCUUGGCAAACACUGUGCGGUUCAACGAAGAAGCAGAAGUGAAGUGUCCUUACCGAGAUGCGGACUAUGCCUGCGACAGCGUCCUACAGGAGAGGGAGAUAAAAGCUUUGGUACCUCUGCAAGUUUACGAGCAACACCUGGCCAAAUCGGUGGCGCAAGCCGAGAACAAGAUUGGGAACGCGUUCCACUGCAAGACGCCAGACUGCAGAGGCUGGUGCAUCUUCGAGGACAACGUGAAUGAGUUCAAGUGCCCAGUCUGCCACAAGGUCAACUGCCUGACGUGCCAGGCCAUACACGACGACGUGAACUGCAAGCAGUACCAAGAGAAAGUGAAGCAGGCGUCGGAAACCGACGCGGAUGCGCGACGAACCAGGGAGAUGUUAGAGGAGAUGCUGGACCGAGGGGAGGCCUUGGCGUGCCCGACGUGCCAGGUGGUGCUCAUGAAGAAGUGGGGCUGUGAUUGGCUGCGCUGCUCGAUGUGCAAGACGGAGAUCUGCUGGGUCACGAGGGGUCCGCGCUGGGGGCCGGGGGGUAAGGGCGACACGACCGGGGGUUGUCAGUGCGGGGUGAACGGGGUGAAGUGUCACCCUCGCUGCAACUACUGCCACUAGAGCUCGGGCAUCUCGCCGCUGGUCGCCUUCUGUCGCCUUCUGUCGCCUGCCCGGCAAGUGCCCAGCAAGGCGGUUCCUUGCUCAAUCGCAAGCAUCUAGUCAAACCUUUUUUUAUUUUAAUGAUGUGUAACAUCUUGGCUCUCGGGAUACAACAUUUGGCAACGGUAAUUUCGUGAACGCGACGGACGUCAAAGGAACGGAAAUUUGCAACAUCUGCGGUGCUGCCGUAUGUGGUGGAUUGCACGAACCGAAGUUUACAAAAGCAGAGGGACUCUUUAUGGUAUCAACUCUUUAAUGACUUUUAACAAGAUGGGCAGUAUUUUAGUAAGAUUCCUUGUAGAAAAUUAGGUCCAAAGCUGGGGUUUAGUAUAUAUUUUUUUUCAAGUCUUUUAACUUUUAUUGGAGUCGUUUUAUUAUAAAGUUCUUAAUUUCACUCCACACAUCAAAUGAUUCGAUAGCGGACGCAGCUGCUUCAGUGAAUUCUAGCGGCGAGUGCAGAAACCCAUGUGAUUGACGUCCAGAAAUUUAGUUGAAAGCACCAUUUGUGUACAUGUAUCACGCCCGCAUUAUUUUAAAGGAAUCUACGUUAAAUUUUCCGUCAAGAGUUUCGUACCAUGAUUGUACUUGCAACAUAAGAACACAUGAAUGUGCUUGUUACCGAGGGUAGAUGUUACACAUCUCUGGCAAGUACUGAAACACUCGUUCACUUUAUUUUUUUUUUUUUCCAUUCUUUCUUGUACGCCUUAAGUGACAAGUAUUUUGCCACCUUUUAAUCAACUUUGAAGGAGAUACAGGGCACCUGUUCACAUUUUAAUAUAUUCUAAGACUGUCUGAUAUUUAAUUGCGUGGUUUCUUUUCUGUUAAGCAUAAAGUAAACAUUCAGGAUGUAUAUUGUUCUAGCCAGUAAUGUAGUAAGGUAUGGUAUUUGUAACAUUUGAAGGGUGCCACACUGAAUCAUUAUAACUAGUUAUUGAAAUAAAAUGUAUUUAUUUGAUAAGUUUUUAAAAAAAAUAUUUUUUUUUGUCACAAUAAAGGUGUGUUUUUCUUCAUUUAGAUUGAAAUAGUAUCUACCAAAUGACAUUCAAACAACACAAAAUAAUAGCAAUCAAAAGGGGCAGGCAUUUUUGAUAAAAAAAAAAACUGUGAUUGGCAACCAUCUGCAAGAGAAGUGGUUGCCGUAUUUGGCCUGGCCAGUCAAUGUGCGUUUGUUUCUGCUGAGAAUUGCUGUGAUUGGUGUGCCGAAAGUGUGGUUUUACCAAAAGGAAACUCAAACAAUCAUGAAACAGAGACUAUGUUUCUAUGUUACACUUUUUUAACACAUUUAUGGUCUCAAAAUCUAUUAGCGAAAAUACAUGCCCAAACUUUUAAUCAAAUUUGGAAAAAAAAUCACUUUUGUAUGUUCUCUUUAAAGGUUGUUAAACAGUACCUGCAAUCUUUUGCAGUGGCACAUUUCAUUUAUGGAAAUAAGGUUUCGUUGGUACUAAAACAACUGUAAUAAUUAUUAUACAAAUGGAUUGUGUUUACAUAUUUUCUGUGAUAUUGGGUACACAAUCCAUCUUUAAUCAUCUCAUAAAUUGGACACCCAAAGUAAGCUAAACCAGUGCAAAAUUAUUUGUAAAAUAAAAUAAUCCUGCAAUCAGAAAUAAAAGCUGAGAUAUCAUGUGUUUCAUCUAAAAAAUUAAAGUUUUGCAUCUCUAAUCUUACAUUAAAAAAUUAUGGUUACAAGUGGAAACAUCCAUACCUACCUUUGUUUUAAUUAAUAAAGGUGGCCCAUUGGUUAAAAUGUACACAAGAAAACAAUAUUCAUAAUAUGUUGAUUGAAUGUACUUAAAUGUUGAUAAGUGUCAAGUCAAAAAAAAAAUUGCCAGUUUACUUUCAGGUGAAAGAGAAUUAGAGAAAUUCAUAAACUGGUUCAGAGCAGAGAACAAGGAAAAAUUAGUAACAAUUCUAUUCUUAAAUUAUGGGUUCAAGUUUUAAAAUAAAUAAUUGUUGUACCAAAAAAUUAUGAGCUUUAAUAAAUUGUAACUUCCAGAUGGUGAUAAAUAGAAAAUGGGCAUAUUAGUGUCUAAUUUAUUUCUUGAUGCUUAUAAUUUUGUAAACAGGUUAAAUAGGUAUUGAUACUUAAAAAUGGCAUGACUUUGAUAGACCAACUAUUUUAAGUGUAACAUACUAUUUUUGUGAAUCCAAAAGCAAUAUUAUUAUUCUCCAUACUGAAAAGCUGGUGAAAAUUUGUUUUUUUAAUAUUUGGUGUGAAUGUUUAUGUCUGCUGUUUAACAGAUUUCAUAAGAGUUUAAAUGCUUAUAUGUAUGUUUUUAAAGACUGAUUUUUUAAAAAUAAUUUAUAACUACUUGUUGGUAAAUAGUAUAAAAUUUUGGGGAUGAUAAUUUUAUAUAUAUGGUGAAUACUGACAAUAAUUGUGACUAACAGUUUUGUGUGAAUAUUGUCAUUAGUAUAAAUUAAAUUGUGAUUGUAAAUUUUCUAUUGCAUGGACAUUUUAUAAAGAAAUUCUCUUGUGAAUAUAUAGAUAAUGAGUUGUGAAAUGUUGACUGAUGUGAAGAAUCAAAUAAAUAAAAUUGUAUUUACAUACUUAAAA